AUGGCUGUAUUAAACAGACUUGAUGAAGCGGGAAACAACACAGCUGUAUUAAACAGACAUGAUGAAGCAGGAAACAACACAGCUGUAUUAAACAGACUGGACGAGGCAGGAAACAACACAGCUGUAUUAAACAGACCUGAUGACGCGGGAAACAACACAGCUGUAUUAAACAGACAUGAUGAAGCAGGAAACAACACAGCUGUAUUAAACAGACUGGACGAGGCAGGAAACAACACAGCUGUAUUAAACAGACAUGAUGAAGCAGGAAACAACACAGCUGUAUUAAACAGACUGGACGAGGCAGGAAACAACACAGCUGUAUUAAACAGACCUGAUGACGCAGGAAACAACACAGCUGUAUUAAACAGACAUGAUGACGCGGGAAACAACAUAGCUGUAUUAAACAGACAUGUUGACGCGGGAAACAACACGGCUGUAUAA